CUGAUUGGUUAGUGUUCACACAGUUAGAUUUCCCCGACAGCACGGUACAUCAAAUUGCAGAGUCCGUCAAGGUUGGAGUCAACGAAGACCAAGAGUUUCUCUUUCUCCACGUAUGCCAUACCCAGUGGGUCCCACCUGAAGAAGAUAAUCCCUUAGGCCAAAGCCCUAAAUCGAUGAAUCAAUCAGGUGCAUUUUCCAUGGCUCCAAUUAAGGUGGUGGUGGCAUGGGUGAUGAUGGCAUUAGCGUUGGGGUGCAAAGAGGGGCAUGGCAUGAAGGUGCCGUUUAGAGUAAACGACGUGCUCCCGGUGCUGCCACGUGGGAUAUCGUGGCCGGUCAUGAACAACCUGCACAGUGCCGUCGACUUGCUUCCUUAUUUCGUUGGGUCCCUCUCUCCCACCAAUGGCUCCAUUCACUGGAAAGGGGCAUGCUUCUACAAUAACACCGCCAGAAUUCAACUCAACCCAUCUUUGCAGGGUGCUGUUCUCUAUCUCAAUACAGAGUCUGCACAUAGCUGGACCUGCAUGGAUCUUUACGUUUUCGCUACGCCUUACAGGGUUACGUGGGACUACUACUUCACUUCGCGAGAACAUACCAUCAAAUUUGACUCCUGGGAAGACCCUGCAGAGUUGGAAUAUGUGAAGCAGCACGGGGUUUCUGUGUUUCUUAUGCCAUCAGGGAUGCUGGGAACGUUGGUCUCUCUGAUUGAUGUUUUGCCUUUGUUCUCAAACACUGGUUGGGGUCAGAAAGCCAACCUGGAUUUCCUGAAGAAGCACAUGGGGGCUACAUUUGAGAAACGGAGCCAGCCUUGGCGUGCAUAUAUAGAUCCUGCGGAUGUUCAUUCUGGAGACUUCUUGGCCGUGUCCAAGAUCCGGGGUAGGUGGGGAGGUUUUGAGACACUAGAAAAGUGGGUGACUGGUGCAUUUGCUGGUCAUACAGCAGUUUGUUUGAAGGAUGAAUUCGGCAAUUUAUGGGUUGGUGAAUCAGGGCACGAGAAUGACAAGGGUGAAGAAAUAAUAGCUGUUAUUCCAUGGGAAGAAUGGUGGGAAUUGUCCCUCAAAGAUAGUUCCAAUCCACAGAUAGCCUUGCUUCCCCUGCAUCCAGAAAUACGUGCAAAAUUUAACACCACUGCAGCAUGGGAGUAUGCUCGGAGCAUGUCUGGCAAGCCAUAUGGUUAUCACAAUAUGAUAUUCAGUUGGAUUGACACUGUAGCUGACAACUACCCACCACCUCUUGAUGCUCACUUGGUAAUUUCUGUCAUGUCCAUGUGGACUAGAUUGCAGCCAGAUUAUUCUGCAAAUAUGUGGAAUGAAGCAUUGAAUAAGCGGUUAGGGACUCAGGGUUUGGAUUUGCAUGAUAUUAUUGUAGAAACUGAGAAGCGUGGGAUACCUUUCGAUGAAUUACUCACCAUUCCAGAACAAGAUGAAUGGGUAUACAGUGAUGGGAAGUCAACAACUUGUGUUGCCUUUAUCCUUUCAAUGUAUAAAGAGGCCGGAGUUUUUGGUUCAAUUUCUAGUUCCAUCCAAGUGACUGAGUUCACUAUUCGCGAUGCAUACAUGCUCAGAAUUUUCGAGGACAACCAAACACGCCUACCAAGUUGGUGCAACAAUGAGAAUGACCAGCUUCCAUUCUGCCAGAUUCUUGGUGAAUAUAAGAUGGAACUUCCUGGCUAUAACACCUUGAAGCCAUAUGCCAACAUGAAUGAGUAUUGCCCUUCUCUUCCUCCAACUUAUGAUAGGCCUUCUCGAUGUUAGAUCUGUCUAUAAUCAUUUCUUUUAUUUUGAGUUGUCUGUUAAAUUUAACUCAAGGCGUCAUGUACUUUGCUGUUCUAAAAUUGUCUAUAAAUUUUUCUGCUAUC